CGUAGUGUGUCACAACCGCGGAGGCGGCGGUAUCUGGAGCAGUUGGGGUGGGCAGGCCCAGCUGGGAGGCGAGCGGGCGAAGAGAGCGGCCACGAUGAGGGAAUGCAUAUCGGUCCAUGUGGGUCAAGCCGGAGUUCAGAUUGGCAAUGCCUGCUGGGAGCUCUUCUGCUUGGAGCAUGGCAUCCAGGCAGAUGGGACCUUUGGCACUCAGGCCAGCAAGAUCAACGAUGACGACUCCUUUACCACCUUUUUCAGUGAGACUGGCAACGGAAAGCAUGUGCCCCGGGCUGUCAUGGUGGACCUGGAACCUACUGUAGUAGAUGAGGUGCGGGCAGGAACCUACCGCCAGCUCUUCCAUCCUGAGCAGCUGAUCACAGGCAAGGAGGAUGCAGCUAACAAUUAUGCCCGUGGACACUAUACAGUGGGCAAGGAGAGUAUCGAUCUGGUGUUGGACCGAAUCCGUAAACUGACUGAUGCCUGCUCCGGCUUGCAGGGCUUCCUAAUCUUCCACAGCUUUGGUGGCGGCACAGGCUCUGGCUUCACUUCUCUGCUGAUGGAGCGUCUUUCCCUUGAUUAUGGCAAGAAGUCCAAGCUAGAGUUUGCCAUCUACCCAGCACCCCAGGUCUCCACAGCAGUGGUGGAACCUUACAACUCCAUCCUGACCACCCACACCACCCUGGAACACUCUGACUGUGCUUUCAUGGUGGAUAAUGAAGCCAUCUACGACAUCUGCCGCAGGAACCUGGAUAUUGAGCGCCCCACCUACACCAACCUCAACCGCCUCAUCAGCCAGAUUGUGUCCUCGAUCACUGCCUCUCUCCGUUUUGAUGGAGCCCUCAAUGUGGACCUCACAGAAUUCCAGACCAACCUGGUACCCUACCCCCGAAUCCACUUCCCACUGGUCACUUAUGCCCCCAUCAUUUCUGCCGAGAAAGCCUACCAUGAGCAGCUGUCUGUGGCAGAGAUAACUAGCUCUUGCUUCGAGCCCAACAGCCAGAUGGUGAAGUGUGACCCACGUCAUGGCAAAUACAUGGCCUGCUGUAUGCUCUACCGUGGUGAUGUGGUACCCAAGGACGUGAAUGUCGCCAUUGCUGCCAUCAAGACCAAGAGAACUAUUCAGUUUGUUGACUGGUGUCCCACAGGCUUCAAGGUGGGCAUCAACUACCAGCCACCUACUGUCGUGCCAGGAGGGGACCUGGCCAAAGUCCAGCGAGCCGUUUGCAUGCUGAGCAACACCACAGCAAUUGCAGAGGCCUGGGCCCGCCUUGACCAUAAGUUCGACCUCAUGUAUGCCAAGCGGGCCUUUGUACAUUGGUAUGUUGGAGAGGGAAUGGAAGAAGGAGAAUUUUCUGAGGCCAGGGAGGACCUGGCUGCCCUGGAGAAAGAUUAUGAAGAAGUGGGGACUGAUUCGUUUGAAGAAGAAAAUGAGGGGGAGGAAUUUUAAAUAUACACUUGCCCCAUGA